AUGGCGGACUCUUCUCAACUCACCGGCGACGGUACCAACGCACAAUCGGCUCGCAGUGUGCUGCUUAAGCGCAAUCCACACCUACGCGUCAAUGAUACGUCCUCUCCAGCGGGUUUUGGAGGUCUCGGGACGCGUCAAUUCCUUCAGAAGCAGCUCAUGACCCCGGGAUCAGCCACCUCAGCGUCGUCCUUCGAGGAAGGGGCAUCUUACGACGGGUUCUCGGAUGCGGGGACUCCUGCGUCCGAACACAAGAGGCUCUACGUGAAGACGGAGGCUGGUGAGACGCAGUACGUCACCCGUACGGGGUCCAAGCAGCCGACCAAGAGACUAUCGUCUCCGAACCGUGAGUCCCUUGCACGACGUUGGGUGGAGACGUCAUCGGAUGACUUGCCUAGUGAUAUUUUGACCAACGUCGUGGUCAAGACCGUGCCAUCCAUUGAGGUCGGAGGAGAAUCCUCGACCAAGACGAUGGUACCGUUGUCGCCGAGAUCCUCGAAAAUCACACGCCGGGUUGUGGCGUCACCACGCAAGACGAUGCGUCGCGUUGUACUGCGUAAGACUGGAGCUGAUGGCAAGGUCCAUGAGCAAGUACAGUAUGUGGACGCAGACGGACAAGUUGUUCAGCAGACGGGCGCCUUUUUCAACGAGACAAACUCUGGACGUACGACGGUCACGCGUGUGUCCACGCCAACACAAACUGUACGACGAGUGGUGGUCCGUCGAACGGGUGCGGACGGAAAAGUCCACGAAGAAGUACAGUACCUUGACGUCGAUGGAAACGUCGUACGAACGGAAGGCGGAGAAGCACCUUCCAGCUCGUCUAGUACUGUGGUUACACGGAGAAUUGUGACCCCGGGCAAGACUACUCGUCGGGUUAUAGUCCGUAAAACGGGUGCAGACGGCCAAGUGCAUGAAGUAGCGCAGUAUUUGGACGCAGAUGGGAACGUCGUCGACGGAAGCGAAGCACCAGGCUCCAGUUCAAGCACACAGUCGAGUCCCCCGUCUUCAAGCCGGACGACGGUCUCACGUCGCGUGGUUCGACGCAUGGUGGUGCGUGAGGACGGUACGCAAGUGCCUGUCGAACAGGAAGUGGACGCAGAAGGGAACGUCAUCGAAGAGAACACUUUAGUGAGCGUUGGGAGCUUCACAGGUAGCGUUAGCAGUGUCACUAGUGAGCCUUCUAGUGGUACCAGUCGACGAGUAACGCGUCGUGUGGUAGCUUCACCUGUUCGACGUACAGUCGUGAAGGGCGGCUCCAACUCUUCUGAAUCAGAGGAAGACGCGCAGUAUGUAGACGCUGAAGCAGGAGGCUUGACUGUCACUCCGGGUCAGCGUAUCAUCACUCGUCGGGUGGUAACGCCACAGCGUGUGGUCCGACGCAUGGUUGUUCGUAAGGGUGCAGAAGAAGAGGACGGUCUGGAAUUUGACGAGUUUGUCCAGAGUGGAGAAAGCAGUGACGAGUCCGUCGGUGGCUCUAGUCAUGGAGGCUACACUGUGUCGGAGCGAAUCGUGGUUCCGGGCAGUGGAAAGCGUCAAGUGGACUCGCGUACUGUCAACUCUUCGAACCAGAACGCGUCAACUUCGAACCAAGGAGCUGCGGUGGAGAGUACUGACGCUUUGGAUGAAGAGGACAAGGCUCCAAUUCCAGCCACGAGCAUUGAGGCUGUCUCUACGAAUCAGGCGUCUAGCACCGCUGCUAUAGAGAAGAACUCGACAAGCCCACAACACACUCGUCGUGGUAGUGGCGGCUUCUGGGGCUUCUUCGGCCUCUCUAUCGACCGGUGGAGAUACGGCACUGCCCGGUGCUGCGGGUCCUACAGAGUCGAAGACACCGCAGACGCUCAACGCUGA